AUGUUGCCCGAAUCAAGGAUAGUGUCCCUAUAUUCAGAUUUUAGGAAGCUGAAAGAAUUGAAUCCAGAGGGAUACCAUGCUAAUAUACAAGUGUGGAAGCAUCACUUGAUUGAAGAUGUUUGGAAAGAUCAAUUGGUUAUUCAGGGCGGUGACGAUCUGCUCCUAAAACUAAACAGGAGUAACUCCGGGUUCCCAAAAAGUAUCGACAUAGUAAUUGAUCUACUUGUUGAUGAGGGAGUAUUGAUACCGAUGGACGUGUUUACCAAGGGUAGAGAUAGUGGGUUGUCUUCGUGGUUUAGGUGGUCGGUGAAUAUGUUAGUGGAUCUUUCUUGGAAAAGUCGCAUCAGCAAUAAUGGAAAGUAUUUAUGUAAUAUGGCAUACGUUAAUUUACCUGUGAUGGUUUCCAGGUACGAGGCUACUGCCAAGGUUUUACAAGAAAAGGUUUUAUCUAGGGCUACACGGGUUACAGACCUGAUAUUUAAGAAGAGUGAUUUCUAUGUGUUGAUCGAAGAGUGUCUUCGUGGCAAGUCCGAAUUUGAGCUGAUACUGAUUUUUCUGCAGCAUUACAAGAGUACCAUUCUGGUAGAUGGUCCUGUCAUCAAGGUAAUUGAUCCCCAUGUGUUCUCUCUAGUGCAGUCGUUUGGCCCAGAUAGAAUUACGGAAAACGAUCGGGCUAUUGCUGAUAUUAAGGGUGCUAUUCAAACUGUAGAAACACAAGUCCAAAAACUCCAUAUCCAUAUUCAUGAAAUAUCUAGGCAUUUGCGUGAUUCUAUAAACGCAAGCGUAUCCAAAGAACUUCAGAGAAGGUAUUUAAAGCUUAGGAAGUUGACAGAAUCAAAUCUAUCUCGUGCUCUCACACAGUUAUUUAACUUGAUGGAGAUAAAGGACCAUAUAGAUAAAAGCGUCGACAAUUUGGCCUUGGUUGGAGUUUUGUCUGGUGCUUCAAAAACUCUGAAGAACAUCAAUAAGCAAUUGGGCUCGAUUGAAGACUUGGAAAAACUGUUGAGUGAUGUUACAGAGCAAAAUGAAGUGGUUGAUGAAGUAAAUUUCUUGCUCUCCACAUCUGUGCAAAGCAACGAUGUUGAUUUGGACCAAGAACUUCAACAAAUGGAAAAUGAAAUGAAACAGGAACAUUACUAUGAAAAGAAGUUACUGAGUAGGUUAUCGAACCUCAAUGUGAGGGACGACGAAAUAAUUAUUCCAAGCAACGAAGCCCAAGGAGAAGGAACUCAGGAAAAGAAAACAGCCAAAUAUGAUACCGACAUAAAUUAUACACUAAAUAACCCUGAACAAGCUUAG